GUUCAUCUGGUUAUACUACAGUGAACUCAGUUCAUUCUACACUAAAGAUGUUUAGUCCAUUUUCCACAAAGGAUACACAAUCUAAUGGAGACAAAAAUAAAGAAAAUAAUCCAUCUACCGAAUUUAACAAUGAAGAUAAACUUUACUACAAGAUAGUAUCGAAAUGUUUUCGCUAG